GCCGGUUGUUCGAACGCUAAUCAAAACUGAUCAUUAUCAAAUAUUCAAUUACAAUUAUAUUUGAUUAAGCGUACUUCUGACAUAUGUCGCAUUUUGAGGUUAUGUUGACUGAUUUAUUUUAUUAUUUUGGUUUUAAUUUAAAAUAAAACAUAAUUAAACUCUUUCUGAUGUUAAUUUCUUGUUUUUACUUACAAAUCAAUAAUAAUAAUAAGCAAUUUUUAAUAAUUUAAGAGCUGCGGCAAUAUUUUAAUUACUGUUUUACCUACAAUCAAUAACUGAUUAGUGUUUUUACAUGUAUUUUUCAUGUCGCGAUUUGAUUCCCAUCAAGAAAAUUGAUUACAAUAAAUGAUUGAUUAUAAUCAACUUCUUGAUUAGCGUUCGAGCAACCGGCCCUAAGACUAAUAACUGGUACAAUUAAAUCAACUCCCACCCAAUGGCUUCCAGUAUUAAGUCACAUCCCACCUCCACAUUUACGACGAGUUGACGCACUUACACGUGAAUACAAAAAUAUCAUGAACAAUAUAAAUCUGCCGAUCCACCAAGAUACCGAGGAUGCACGAAAUACCCGUCUCCGCUCUAGAAAACCACCAAUAAAAACGGCAAGAAUGAUACAUGAGGAGUUCAACAUCACGAAUGCAUGGUGCCAAGAAUGGAACGCAUGGCAAAAUAACAUGCCCUGCAUUACCCACAAGCCACCAGGUUUUGAUCUUCCACGUAAAACAUGGUCCACUCUAAAUAGGAUCCAAACCAGACAUGGCAGAUGUGUACACAUGCUACAUAAAUGGGGAAAGAACCCGUCUCCUCAAUGUGACUGUGGGGAGAACCAAACCAUUGACCACAUUAUUGAAGAGUGUCCCUCAAGAUCCUACAAUGGUAGCCCUGAAGACUUCCUGUUUGCAACUUCAGAGUCAAUUGAUUAUAUUAAUACACUUGAUGUUUGUUUGUAACUAUUUAAAGUUUGUCAUAUACCUAUAU